AUGAUGUUUAGAAAAAUCAAAGAUACACCUUUAUACCAGUCGGUUAAAGAUUUCCGAGAAUUUGAUCUUAAUUAUAGGACAAAUUUUGAGGCUAUUCUCAAUAUCCUAGAUUUACAAAAUGGAAGAUUGAAGAAAGAUAAGUUUGAUAAUAGAGAAUUAAAGAAGAAAAGCAGAACUACUUAUGUGGAACAUUUGAAACUUAAAAAGGCAAUAUUAUCAACGAUCAGAGAACCAACUACUUUAUUGUCAAAUGAUGUUUCUCUGUCAGAUGUUGAAACAGACACGAUGAAAGGAGAUACUGAAGAGAAUCGAGACAAACCGAUAAAAACAAAAACGAUUGUGCAGCGAUCGAAAUCUAUUUCUGCGUCUACAAUAGGAGAACCAACUACUUUAUUGUCAAAUGAUGUUUCUCUGUCAGAUUUUGAAUCACACACGAUGAAUAGAAAUAUUGAAGUUAUACAAUCCAUCCCGCGACAAUCAAAUGAAGGCGAUCAGACUGCGAAACCAUAUAUAUCUUCAAUGAAAAACUUACCACCUCUCCUUACCACAAAUAAUGUCUCACAUGCUAUGGUUGGGACAACUAUGAAGAAUGAAAAUAUGAAAUAUAAUAUGAUGAGAGAAUCUUUGGAAAGUCAAAUGACACAAUACAAGCUUAAACAAAUAAAUACGAACGAUCUAACGGCGAGACAGAUUAUGUUCUUAAUAAAUUAUACACCAGCUCUUUUAACCACAAAUGAUUUUUCUAAGUCUGAAUUUGCGUCAAACACGAUAAAAGAAAGUAUGCGCCUCAUAGAUGAGUUGAGAGAACUUUAUAACAGUACAAGCAAAUUCAUAGAUGAACAAAGCCAACUAUAUACAAUCGAUGAAAUUGCGAAGCAAGUUCAAUUAUCCACAAAUGGUGAUUCUGUGGCACUAAAAAAAUCAUUAACACAAAAGAAAGACAUCGCAUCAAAUAAUUUUCCUAAACGCAAUGAAACAAAAAAAUAUAAACCAAUAAAAACAACAACGACCAUGCAAAGAUCGAAACCUACAUCGGUAUCCAUAGAACAAGCAGCAACUAUUUUGUCCACAAAUGUUGUUUCUGUACCAAAAGUUGAGGCAAACACAAUGAACGGAAAUACCGGCGAUACGAAUCAAAAUCAACUAACUCUAAAUAAUAAGAACAUAUCAAAAUCGGAAAAAACUGCAAUGGUAAUAAAACACAAAUCAGUUGGUUUAAAAAGUAAUAAUUCAUUCCACUUAUUGGAGAAACCAAAAAUGAAAGCGCAAAUUUCAAGAAUGGAAAGAUUUAGAAUAUUUUGGCAUAGAUUUGCAAAAAUACCAUACAAAAAGAAACCGAAGAAUUUUUAUUCGCCGAUACAAACCGUUGAUAAUAUAUUGGCUGAAUUAAGAAAAAAAUGGAGCAGGUAAUGCAAAAUCAUUGUAUUUCUCAAAAAUUUUAAUGCGUAUUCACAGUCCAUUCGCAUCUUUAUCGGGAUAAUCGGUUUCUGAAGAAAAAUGCCCUACUUUAAGAACAAAAUUCAUGGUUUUAUAAUUUUUUUUACUGUAGAAUCUUAACUAAAUAAGUAAGAACUAUUAUUUUCAUUUAUCUUACUAGCUAUUAAUAACUGUAGAAGGGUGAGAGUAGUAUGUAGUAGGUACGUGCGUUAUAUAAAUAGCUAAAAAUAAAUCUAAAUACCUUGAUGUAUUUGUAGUUUAUAUGUAAAUAGUUAAUAAUAGAGAUUAUGAUAAACACUUAGAAGUAUCUACGAGAAAUAUUUUUGAAUUCAUAA